AUAUACAAAAUCUAAUAGAACUGCGUUCAGUGGGUAUAUAGUAUCUAUAACUCUGCUUUAAAAAACCCGCGACACUUAUCAUGGAAAAGAUAAGAUUUAAAUAAAUAUUUGUCCUUUUUUGUAUCGGUUUUAAAAAAAUGUUAAGUGACAAAAUAUGUGCAGUUCCUAAUAUUUUAAGUAUUAUGUUCGUACGUACCUGUUAAUAAUUUGGAUUACCUGACGCAUUAUUUUUAAUUUGAUAUAGAUUGUGACGCGGUUACCCGAGGAGCAACCAUGUCAGUUUGUCUCGAAAGCAGUCGGACACGCGAAGGUCUGAAGUUACCUCUCGAUCGUAGCAUCAGCGAACCCGGUCCGUCGACGCCGACCUCACAUUCGCCGUCGAGCCCGCCAAAAAGAUUCAAACUGGAGACCAGCACGAGCCAAAGUUUGCCCACCAGCCCGUGCGGCGACAGCGGCACCAUCAAGAAGAACUGGGUCCUGAACAACAUCAAGACCUUAGGCUCCGACGAUCUGAAGGCGAAGAUCGAACACAACACCAAAGGCUCACCGUUCAUCAUCAUCGACACCAGGCCGUUCAUAAACUAUAACACGAAUCACAUACACGGCGCCAUCAACGUUAAUUGUACGGACCGCUUUAACAGAAGAAGACUGCAACAGGGCAAGGCCACGCUCGCCGACCUCGCCACCACCCCCAAAGGCAAGGAAGUGCUUAAAAAACGUUGUUUCCGCGAAGUGAUCAUAUACGAUGACUGUACGUGUGACAAAGAAGGGAUCAAUCAGCCUUUGCUUCUUGUAUUCACGUCCCUUGUCGAGGACCAGAAGGAACCGUCUCUGCUUGUCGGAGGCCACCGGGAGUUCCACCGAAAGCACAAGGAACUGUGCGAAGACGCCCUGGUCAGCGGACUGUCGCGAGGUUUGUCCGCAUCUGCCUCGUGUCCGGCCUUGGCAGAUGUGGACUCCUAUCCGGCAUCGAAGCUGCUUCCGUUCCUCUACCUCGGCAACAGCAAAGACGCCGCCGACCUGUCUUGUCUGAAGGGCCUGGGCACCACGUGCGUGUUGAACGUCACAUCCCAACUGCCCGGCUAUCACGAAGAGUGCGGCAUCACCUACAAACAGAUACCGGCCACCGAUUCCGGACAUCAGAACCUUAAACAGUAUUUCGAGGAAGCUUUUGAAUUCAUCGAAGAGGCAAGGAAAAGCGGUACCAGCGUGUUGGUGCAUUGCCAGGCCGGCGUAUCUCGAAGUGCGACAAUAGCCAUAGCCUACAUAAUGAAGUAUAAACAGAUGUCGAUGGUGGAGGCGUACAAGAAGGUGAAAGAGGCAAGACCCAUAAUAUCGCCGAACUUAAACUUUAUGGGCCAGCUUUUGGAACUCGAACAGAGCCUGAAAACAAACAACAACAAUCAUCAGAUACGUUGGAGUCAGCAGUCGAGCGAUGAGGUCGCGCAGGGUUGUAGUGUGUAAUGUUUUUUGUUUACGUGUGACGGGAGACCAAAGACAUUUAUUUUGAAGUUCUCAUGUCGCCGCAUCUAAAUCGCCAGAUCGCCAUUAAGAGUAUCUAUUCUAGUCUUAAAAAAAAUGAGAUAGGCUGUGUACCAUAAAGAUAUUCACUUAUAUGAUAAUAAUAUUUUUAAUUAAAUAUUAUUUACUAUAAUCACAAAGUGAUUUUAUGGGAAUUAUUUAUGAGCAUUGAAUGUAAGAGGCUGUAUAAACGGUGAAUCACUGUGGGUAUGGGAAAUCCGCAGUAAAAAGUCAAUCGAAUUCGAGUUUUCGAAGCAGAAUUCUGUGUAAAAGAAUUUGUGACAGUCAAAGAUUGUUGAAUACGUUUUAUCGGCAGCAAAUGUAAAUAAUAUACUUUAUUUAUUACCUACAAUUUAACUGUAACUUAUCCUAAGUACCGAUAUAGUUUAGUUUAUUAUUAUUGGAAAUGUUGCCAUAUUUGUUCAAUUACUAUAAUAUAUUAUUUGAACUUAGUCAGUCAGAAUUUUAGUUUGAAUAGAGUUUUGUUUUCUUUUUUUUUUGUAUUUGGUUAAAUUAUAGAAUGAUAGAGUUGUGUUGAAAGUUUGGAUGUAAGAAAUUUUUAACCAAGAUGUGAUGAAUAUUAGAUUUUUUUUUUCGUAUAGGUACAUAAAAAAAUCAGAACACCAAUUUUAAACAAUCUAGUAACUAGAUAAACAAAAAUUAUUUCCGUAUAUACAAAACAUGUGCCUUUACAACACAUCGUAAAUAGAAAUCAGACUGUAUUUAAUGUAAAAUGUACUUGUGAAUUUAAUUGUUUGAAUACAUGUUAAACAAAUGAA